GAGUCUGCUGAAUAAACCCAAGUCUGAGAUGACUCCAGAGGAGUUGCAGAAACGAGAGGAGGAAGAGUUCAACACCGGGCCCCUGUCUGUUCUCACCCAAUCUGUUAAAAGCAACACACAAGUCCUCAUUAACUGCCGCAACAACAAGAAACUACUAGGAAGAGUCAAAGCCUUCGACAGACACUGCAACAUGGUGUUAGAGAAUGUCAAGGAGAUGUGGACAGAGGUCCCAAAGAGUGGCAAGGGUAAAAAGAAGUCCAAGCCAGUAAACAAAGACCGAUACAUCUCCAAGAUGUUUCUGAGAGGGGACUCUGUCAUUGUCGUGUUGAGGAAUCCUCUUAUCACUGGAACUGGGGGGAAGUAGACAAUACAUCUUGCUAAAAGUCUGUGCCACUGUUGCAAAGCAAUUUGCAAUGUGGAUUUUUUUUUGUUGAUUUUUUUUAAUGUAUUGGACAAAUUCCAGUAGUCCCUCCCUGUUUUGGUCAGUUUCCUUCUGUUUUAUAUCAACAACAAUGCCUGUGUUUGUCAGCAAGCGACAUUGUGGACUGUUCAUCUUCCUAUUUAGAAUAAGCAGUCACCAGUCAUGACAUUUAGAUCUAAAACCAUUGAACAUGCUACAAUGUUGUGGAACAUUUGGAUAGAAAUAUAAUGUCUGACAUCUAAAAUCAGGAAUUAUGUUCGGUUAAUUUAGGAACUUUUCUAUAGAAAAUGUUUCACAAAACAUGACCGGGGGUAUGUUUUGGCAUGCCAUUGGACUGAUAUGGAUUCCUCAUUCUCAUCCAAGGCUAAUUUCUGUAGGUUUUGAAAUUAUUUUGAAUGAUCAGCAAAGGGGAUGUCUACAAAAUCUGAAUUUGUUGCUUCCAAUGUGUUAAGGGCUGAGGAAUGUGUUUUGAUGUAACUUUUCAUGACCAUAUGUGGAAAAACAAAAUCAUCAGGUCCCCUUUUGAACAUGCCCUUUCUAUUUGUGUAAAGUUAUAUUUCUUUAUUAUGCCAAUACCCAAAACACGGAAUGGAUACACAUGAAUGUUGUCUAAUCUUGUCAUAGAUGUCUUUAAGACAUUUUGUACUCCAAUUGGAUAUAGGUCUGUUUAUUUUUUGAGAUGGUGGUACAAUUCCUACACGGAAUGUAAUCUUUUUGUUUGGUAUUUUAAUAAACUUUUUUUCUCUA